AAGCUCUGAAGUUGGCUACAGAAAGUUAGUUUGCGAUAUAUUUAGUACAAGGAGGCUGUAUUGCUUUAGAAUGGGAUUAUAUCUGUUGAUAGACUUUAUUUACUUAUAAUUGAAAAGGUUAUUCGGAGUUAAAAAUGAUUGGAAGUGACUAUACUUUGGAACUGUGCAAUGUUUUUCACUCGGGUCAAGUUGAACCAGGCAGCUUCUUCCAGCGCUUGACGGGAGAUGUGAAGACGGGAGUUAUCCUGAAGGAUGUCUCCUUCCUCACUCACAGUGGCGAAGUUACAGCUAUAUUGGGUUCUAAAGGCAGUGGAAAACGCGCUCUUUUGGACGUCAUAAGCCGCCGCGUUCCCUGCAAAGGGCACAUCCUCUUAGAAGGGGUGCCUUUGGAGAAGGACUACUUCAGGAACACCUGUGCUUUAGUGCGACAUUCCACGAAGCUUCUACCCGGGUUGAGUGUUCAGCAAACCCUGGCAUUGUCACUUACUAAGAUUUCGGGAUAUUUAAAGUCGUCGAAAGUUAAGCAAGUUAUGGCAGAUUUAGCACUAUCUCAAGUAGCAAACAAGUGUGUUACAAACCUAACUAAGAGCGAAUAUCGUCGACUUGUUAUUGGAGUUCAACUUAUUCGAGAUCCAAUUAUUUUGCUUCUCGACGAGCCUACAUGGGAUUUGGAUCCUUUGAAUACAUAUUUGGUGAUAUCGAUCCUUUCAAAUGCAGCCAAGAAAUAUGGAACUACUAUCAUACUUACCAUGGAAAAGCCAAGAUCAGAUGUGUUUCCAUUCCUGGAUCGCGUGGUAUACCUGUGCCUUGGAGAUGUGGUGUACGCGGGUCCCACGAGAAACCUGUUGGAUUACUUCGGCAGCAUCGGCUUUCCUUGUCCACAACUGGAAAACCCUUUGAUGUAUUACUUAUGCCUGUCAACAGUGGACAGACGUUCGCGCGAAAGGUUCAUCGAGUCGAACCACCAGAUCGCGGCUUUGGUGGAGAAGUUCAAGGUGGAGGGGCCGGCCAUCAUGCAGGGCAACCACGCCGAGCACGGCCGCAUCAUCAACCCCAACAAGAUACAGCUCAACUAUGGCAAAGCGGGCGGCGUUAGGACUAUCUGGAUGUUGUACCUGAGGAUGUUAGCAUCAAUCUUCAACGUGAAGAAGCAUGGCCUCAAACAAAUGACGAUGAGGCUACUAUCAUUGCCAAUAUACUUUUUCAUACUCUGGAUCUUCUACAAUGAAUCUGAGAACUAUCAGCGAGCUUUCAUAACUAAAAGUGGCCUUAUAUUCAACACUAUGGUCGGGACAUACUUUAUCAGUAUCAUGAACACGAUUUGCCUUUACGGUCCCUACAGAACGCGCUACUACCAAGAAUCUCAAGAAGGCUUAUACAGUGGAGCGAGCCUCCUGCUCGCUUGGAACCUGGUGUCUCUGCCAUUCUCCUUCAUCACUACUUUCGCUUCAGCUGCUAUCAUUUAUCCGAUUCUCGGUGAUUUAUCAGACACCAUAGACUAUCUGUACUUCGCACUGGUGCUAUGGUCGAGCUACAUCUACGCUGAGCAGCAGAGCAUAGCCAUCAUGAUGUUCGUGAAGAACGGCCUCAUUGCAGCUGUUGUCAACAUCUACAUCACUUGCAUUUACGUCAUGCUGGCUAGUGGCGUUUUGAGAUCCUACAAAGGUUACGAAGACUGGCUCUUCUACCUAACCUACCUCACCCACACGCGCUACGCCUCCAUAUUCCUACACAGAAGCAUCUUCAAGCAGCCGAUGUUCGACGCGCUUGCGUUCAGCGAUGAGGAGAACUGCACAUCCAUCAAUAGCAUGAUACAGACUUCUUCCAAUAUCAACACCAAUUCAAAUGCUAAUUGCAGGUACCCCACUGGCAAAGCCUUUCUGACUGAAAGGUUCACAUCGAAGAACUUCGGAGGCGAUAUAGACCAGACAGGAGAUUUUAACAUGGACUUUAAUUUGGGGAUAUCCUUUGCGUUUUCUCUGGGCAUAAUCGUGUUAAACAAAUUCUUGUACCUUAUGCCUUUGCCUGGAUAUAUUGUUGAUAAGUUUAGAGAAUAAUCCAUACUAAUAUUGAAUGCGAAAAUGUGUCUGUCUGUCUGUUAGCUUUUCACGGCCUUUCUGUUCAACCUUUUU